UCUCGAUCUCACGGUCAGCGUCGCAGUCCAAGAUGGCGGACUUUCUUGCAGUUCGCCGUAUCCAGAGAGUGGUGUUGUACGAAACGAAAGCGAGGUACUACCUUGUUGGAUCUAACAACGCGCAGACAAGAUUUCGAGUGCUUAAAAUCGACCGCACAGAACCGCGAGACCUGGUUAUGUCGGAUGACAAGAUGGAGUACACUCAGCGCCAAAUCAAAGAGCUGCUUUCCACAAUAAAUGCUGGCAACACUUUGAGGUCAAACAAGCCAUAUGAAACAGCAAGCAAAGGACUGUCACGAAGCAUGUCAGCUUAUGGCAUUCUUGGUUUUGUGAGGUUCUUAGAAGGCUAUUAUAUUGUUCUAAUCACAGAAAGAAGAAAACAAGCUCAGAUUGGAGCUCACACCAUUUACAAAGUCGAGGACACUAAACUUGUGCCUAUACCUAAUGAGAGUAUAGUACAGAAAAUCCAGCAUCCAGACGAAUCAAGAUAUGUGAAGAUCUUUCAGAAUGUGGACUUGUCUAGCAACUUCUAUUUUAGCUAUAGCUACGAUCUCACGCAUACCUUACAACACAACAUGGCUCCAUUGAUUGGACCUAAAGACAAGUCUGACAAGGCUUGCAAGGGAUCAUGGGAAGCCUGGGGGAGUAUUAAAUGCAACAGCUGUGCUGAACCGGAUCUCAAAGACACUCAAAAUAAGACAAAUAAAAAUGCUGAUAGAGAAACUUUAGAAGUAAGGAGGGACGUGGAUGGGCAGCAAGACCAAGACGACAAAGGUGGUCAGAUCACAUCAACCCUGAAAUUAUCUGAGGAAAGUAAACCUGAAGAGAAGGAAGUUGAUGUGAGUGACAGAGAUUUGGCCAAAAAACAACAAAAACAAGAUCACAGCUCUAAAGAAUCGACACAGAGAGAUCCUGAAGGGAGAGAAAAACCUAAGCAGGAAAAUAAUGGAGCUGUUAAGGAUGACAAGGAUGCAUGUGCGGCUUGUGAGAAGCUGCGGAGUGAGUCCCUGAGUAGACCGAAUACCUCCCACAGGAACGUGAGGAUCAGCAAGCCGUGCUACAAAUUCACUUGGAAUAAAUACCUGUUGCACGGUUUUGAGGGUGUGGUUCACCUGGACUGGGUGCUGUAUGUCAUCAAUGGUUUUCUUGGCCAAUCAGAUAUCUGUGUGUAUGGCCAGCCUAUUUACGUAACCCUCAUAGCUCGGCGGUCUGCGAGGUUUGCAGGGACGAGAUUCCUGAAAAGAGGCACUAAUGAGGAGGGCUUCGUAGCGAAUGAGGUGGAGACAGAACAGAUAGUCCAUGAUGCAUCAGUGCUGUCUUUUCACAGUGGGCGCUUCACUUCAUAUGUCCAGAUCAGGGGUUCUGUUCCUACCUUUUGGUCACAGGAUAUGAAGCAAGUCAUGGUCCCUAAGCCGCAAAUAAUGGUUGACAGAGCUGACCCAUACUGCAAUGCAGCCGCACAACAUGUGAACAGACUUCUGGGGAGGUUUGGUGCACCGCUGGUCAUAUUGAACCUGGUCAAGAGACGGGAGAAGAAGCGACAUGAGCAGAUACUUAGCGAGGAACUGCAGACGGCUGUUGAAUAUCUUAAUCAAUUCCUGCCUCCAGAACACAACAUACAGUACAUUCCAUGGGACAUGGCCAGACAUAAUAAGAGUAAGGACUUGAACGUUAUGGAAAGGCUAACCGUGAUUGCCGAUCAGGUCUUCAAGGCGACUGGGUUCUUUCACAGUGGACAUGAGCUGCACUGCAAUCGACUUCGGCGACAUCCAGGAUGGCAGGGGAUGAGGGGACAAGACUACAGCGAUGACCGUGUAGGGAGGUGUCAGACAGGUGUUCUGCGUGUUAAUUGUGUAGAUUGUCUUGAUCGUACCAACACUGCACAGUUCAUGGCCGGCAAAUGUGCGCUAGGAUUCCAGCUGUAUUCCUUAGGGGUGAUUGACAAGCCCUCUGUAGAGUUCGACUCCGAUGCGGUCAGAAUCCUGGAGGACUUAUAUGAGGCACACGGAGAUACGCUCGCUCUACAGUAUGGCGGCUCACAGCUCGUGCACGGGAUCCAGACGUACCGUAAAGUGUCUCCUUUCACAUCACACUCACGUGACAUCAUGCAGACUAUAUCUCGUUACUAUAGUAACAGAUUCAACGAUGCUGAUAAGCAGCAGGCCAUGAAUGUGUUCUUGGGUGUGUUCGUACCACGUAAUGGCAUCCUGAACAUCUGGGACCUACCGACUGACUACUAUCUCCACCACUCAUCCACACGCAACUUGAGGAGAAACAAGACGCGCAAGAGCUACACCCAGUGGCUAGAUGGCGUUGUCCUUAAUAGUUUGCCAUACCCGAUAUGGGAAGGGGCGUGCCUGGGUCUAAGUGAUCUCCCUGACCCUGAGGACAGCGUGAUUUUACCGCGAAGUCAGACGAUCGAGGACCAGCAGGUGGACGUGUUCCGCGAGUUCUACAGUCCACACGUGCUGUCCGUCUUUGAGACGAUCUACCAACUGACGAUGCAAAAGUCAUGCAAAGACUUUAUGCCUUCAAAUUGCAUAGACCACAGCCCGUUCGUGGUCAGAGCACCAUUCAAAUCUCCGACGCGAAGACGAGUGCCAGUUCGUAAGGCGGUAGCUGCAGCCCCUGGGCUCCCUGUGGAAGAGAGCAGUGAUGAAGAUGGUAGUUCGGAUGAUGAUGGGCUAACUGACCUUUCACCUCAAAAGAACCCGAGUCUAAGCUCUACCGACAUCUCAUUCAAGGAUCUGAUGCCCUCGAUGAAGAAGGUCUACGGAGUCGGGUUGUGUGAGCCAGAUGUUGAGAGCAAGGAAACUUAUGACAGGUUUGUUCACUUUGGUAAGGUCGCUGGAGCAAAUCGCACAAGCACUGCGAGCAAAAUAAAUUACCACUGGAGGAAACAUCGUCCGUUUAACCAUGACAGCAGUUGGCAAGUCAAGCUACCGUCCGUAGACCGAAACACAGUCAUGUUGUACAGCGGUUACACCCAGACGACUCGACAUGGACACCUCGGUGUUCACAUGAACAGCGCAACUCUACGAACCUACAGGACUUAUGUCAACAGCUUUAGGCAGUGAAACCGGUAAAACAGGUUAAAGUACGGAGAACUUAGAGGACUUAUGUCAACAGCUUCAGGCUGUGAAACCAGUAAAACGGGUUAAAGUACGGAGAACUUACAGGACUUAUGUCAACAGCUUCAGGCUGUGAAACCAGUAAAACGGGUUAAAGUACGGAGAACUUACAGGACUUAUUUCAACAGCUUCAGGCAGUGAAACCAGUAAAACAGGUUAAAGUACGGAGAACUUACAGGACUUAUGUCAACAGCUUCAGGCAGUGAAACCAGUAAAACGGGUUAAAGUACGGAGAACUUACAGGACUUAUGUCAACAGCUUCAGGCUGUGAAACCAGUAAAACGGGUUAAAGUACGGAGAACUUACAGGACUUAUGUCAACAGCUUUAGGCAGUGAAACCAGUAAAACGGGUUAAAGUACGGGGAACUUACAGGACUUAUGUCAACAGCUUCAGGCAGUGAAACCAGUAAAACGGGUUAAAGUACGGAGAACUGACAGGACUUAUGUCAACAGCUUCAGGCAGUGAAACCAGUAAAACGGGUUAAAGUACGGAGAACUUACAGGACUUAUGUCAACAGCUUCAGGCAGUGAAACCAGUAAAACGGGUUCAAGUACGGAGAACUUACAGGACUUAUGUCAACAGCUUCAGGCAGUGAAACCAGUAAAACGGGUUCAAGCAUGGCUAAUUGAACUUACACAAAAAUAGAACCAUUUUGCUCGCAAGAGAAACAUAAGACAGAAGCUUAAUUGCCAUAGAUUAGAACUAAAAUAAUUUUAAGUACGCGAAACGACACUUUUAUUAAACGAAAAUAAACGAUUUAUUACAAAUAUUAGAUACAAUGUGCAUUUAAAAAACCCACAAAUGAACACUAAUGAAUGCACUGAGUUACUGUAUAUAUAAAAUUAUAAUAUUACUUCAUCCAUUGACAAUUCAAAUAUAAAGUUUUUGCCAAAAAUGCAUAUGUUUUCGUAAUAAAAGAAUCCAUUGAAAA